AUGGCGUUCCUCUACAUCGACCGAUUGAAGAGUGAUUUUCCAACAGCCGAACGUUUUAUUCUUCGCACGAGUGCUAGUGAAAAUUGGUUUUCAUGGCUUUUGAUUAAACUCUUUCGUGACCAGGAACGCAAAAAGUCAAAUUCUAAGGAAUGUCAAGUUAAAAGCGUUUCCAUGAAUUUCGUACCAAGAACACCGAAAAUCACAACUAUUGGUUUACGACUGAAUUGCAAAGAUACAAAUACUCGACAAUUUUGGAAAAUUGAUGAUAUCAAGAAUCUUUUGAAGCAAUAUUUUGACAUCGUUCGGAGUUAUCAAAGUUUCUUACACGUAUGGAAAUCCCCUUGUAUCGAUAGCAGCGACGAAAAAAAGAUUUUCUCAUUCAAUUCCUUCACCUCGAUGAUCGCGGAAUGCUCGAAAAAAAUGCAAAAUAAAAAUCCCAUAACUGAUUGCAUAAUAAUACAUCACGGAGAUGAACGAUCGUCUUGUGAAAAAUCAUCUGAAUUUGAAUCAACAUUAAAAAAUUCCUCAAGUUUAACAGAAUGUUAUUCCAAUCAGCAACAUAUUGAAUCUCAACAUCUCAUUGACAGUCCUAAAGAAAAAACAAAGAAAAAUGUUUCUGUUCAAACUUCAGACAAAAAGAGACCAAGGCGAAGAAAGAUAAAGGAAAAAUGUGAAAAUGAACUUAAAGAAGAUUCCUCUUCAAAGGAUAUUAAAACUAUCUUUAAAACCAGUUCUUCAAAUUUCAAUAAUAAAACCAGGAAGACCAAUUCACCAAAAAACAACAAAAUCCAUCGAGGAACAUCUAGCAGAAAAAAAUGUCACGAAGAUGUCAAAAUUCAAGCACGAGAAGAUACUGAACCAGCAAAAGCAAUAUCUCCCAGGAAUAAUACCGGAAACUAUAAAAAUUAUGAUCUAUCAAAACUUCGUCGACAAUGGAAUAAUACAAUUAAAAGUAAAUCGCUGGUUCUUCUCAGGGACAAGGAUAAUCAUUAUAAAUCCAAAACAUAUUCAACCAACAAAAUCUACGACAGGAAUUCAUUAGAAAUCCGUAACAAUUCUCAGUUUCUUUUCGGCGAGGAAGAUUUUGGUGGUGGAGGAGAAGUCAUUAAAUCCAACACUACUUCACCAGAAAUCUCUAGCGUCUCGUGGCAACCACGAAACUUCAUCGUGGAAGACAAAGCUUCGGAGAUAAUGAUCCUAGGGAAUGUUAAAAAGAGGCUAGAAAAGGACUUCGAUGAUUAUUUCUCGAUCAGUGAAUACGAUUUAGGCAACGAUGAUUCGAAUGAAUUCUUUGAGACCAAUCUGUCCUCUUCGAGCAUUCAAGUAGAUCAAAAUCCGUCACAAGAAAGUUUUAUGUUAAUGACGACGUCGUUGAAACAGCAAAAGUUGCAGCAAUUUCAUGGAAAUUCGGAUGGCAAGAAAGGAAGAAAAUCAAUUCGCACCAAUUUGACGUGCACAUCUUCGAUACGUUUUUCAAAUCUGGGUAUAAGUAGGUCAGAGAGCAGUUAUCACACCACCUUUCGAGAACAAAGGUGCAGUCCGAAUUCUUCGAUCGAGUACUAUACUGCUAGUAAUGUUUCCUUAUCAGAAAUGCACUGUUCGCGGGACAAAUCUUUCGACACGAUGGUUCAAAGUUACUUGACCGAAAAUUGCUUGUCGGACGAUGUCUCGAAGGAAGAGAACGAAACAUUCCAAGAACCUAGGGAAUUUUUCGAUCGGUCGCUGGUGAAUUCGUACGCGAUGUGCUGCUAUCAACGGAACUCCACGCCAAAAUUGAAAAGUUCCUCGAAACCGAUCACGGAGUCGUUGGAUUCCGGAAUUUUGGCCGAUUGCUCGCGCGAUCAUUUUCGGAUCGCGUCGAAAGGUCGUUUAGGCAGGAAGAAAUGGCGGGAAAGUGGACAGGAAGAAAAGAGCCGAGCUAGAGAAUCGGAUUUGCUACCGACUUACGAUUUCAACACGGAUAGCAGUUAUUCAGACGAAUCUCUUAAUCGAAGGGUCGACGUCGCCGUGGAGGAUAUCACGGAGAAGCUGAUCCUCACUGAAAGAAGAGCGAGAAUCAAAUUGAGGCGACUGAAGGAUCCGGCGAGACACAGACUAGAGAGAAAGCGGUGGAGGAGCAGGCGACAAGUACGUCUGGAAGUUAUUAAUGUUUCAGGAAGCUGGUAAAAUUGAGAAUUUCAUUAGAGUCGAACGUAACCUAACGUGGUUUAUUAUAAAAAUCAAUGGUACACUCUAAAACACCUGAAUACACAGCAGGUCAAGAAGCCAUCAACGUUGUUAAACGAUGACGACUGGAUAUCGAGUAGCUCCUCGUGUUCCUUAUACUCAUUCUCCGAUUCAGAGAUUGACCAUUUGUAGUUCAUAGAAAAAUAGAAAUAACCCAAAGGACCUUUCAAGAACCUUUAAGACACGAAGAAGACGUUAAGAAUCGAUUUGCUCCACAACAAGUACAUUCAUUUAUCUAUAUGGGAAGGAUCCUUAAUGUAGUGUAUAAUGAAUAAGAAUACGAGUUUUAACCCUAUCGAAUAAUAAUACAGUAGAUUCCAGAAUAUGUCCUACUACCCAAAGAGCAAUUACAGAAUGACCUUUCUUUUCAAGUUGUUGACUACGGUGAAUAAAGGAGGAAUGGAAAAAGGCAAGUUCACAGUUGUGCGAAAGAACGCGAGGUGACGAGGCCAAGAAAAUACUCCGGUCGCCGACAACAAUCACAAAAUGUGUGGAGAUACGUCGAUUCUCGCCUGGUCUGACACAAGUUCGACCACAUCAUUAGACGAGACUGACCGUUUCUGUACUGUGGUUUCCUUUGAUGGAAGCAGAAACGAGCGUACUCGAUAUCCAGCCGAGCGGAAAUGCAUAAACGACCAACACA